AUGAAGGCGGCAGAGGUUUCAAGCCUGCAGCAAAAAUGGCUCAACGAAGAACGCAAACUUCGUGGCCUCUCCAUCGCCGACACGAAAAGGGAGAAGCGUGACUUGGAAAGGUCCCUUGAGACCAUGUGGAAUGAGCAAGGGCUUGCAAGGUCUGCAGCGAAGAUUUCGAAGAAGGAGCUUCGGGAGACAGAGAACGACAUGUCGGUCGGCGGGAUGAGAAACCCUGAUCUUGCAGUAGAGCGGCUGACGCUAGUGCGGGAGACGGGAGCAAAGUUGAGAGCCGAGUGGGAGAAGAUCUAUGCGGAGGAGCCGGACUUUGCAGAAGUCGGGACCACCUACGGGAGCAGGGAGGCAAAGCUGGACGAGGACCUGUGCAAGCGCUGGAAGGAAAGGCUGUUGGCUACACUCGGAGGCCCAGCGCAGAUGGAAGGCAUUCUACUGCAGGCGAACACAGAGUACAAGUCGCCAUUAGAUCUAUGGCACGCUUGGCAGGUUGCUUCGAAGGACCCUGACCUUUGCCUCCAGCAAUUCAUCCGGGAAGGUGUUCCGCUGCGGAUGUCUUCGAAAAUUCCUCCAUCUGGCGGAGUCUUUCCGCCGGCCCGGAACCAAGAGAUCCAGUCCGUGGAAGCGCAGGUAGAGUUCGAGGAGUGCCAGAACAUGGUGAAUUACUCUUCGGUACAAGAGCACCCGCGAGAGGCUGAAGAGGAGAUCUCGAGGCCAAAGGUGGGGCUUGUGGCAGUGAAGCGGUUGGGAGCAGCCUUGAACUGGCUGAUUGCGGUGUCCAACGGCUUCAAGCUCCAAGCCCGGAUCAUGUGGCUGAAAGAAAAGCCGGCAGAGUGGGGUAUCAUCUCGGACGCUUCGCCGAUGGGACUGGGAACAAUUCUUUGGAAGAAGAACGCCGAGACGGGCCGCAUCCAGAUCAUCGAAGCAUACGAGGCUCCGUUCACCCCGGAGGAGGCGUACGCCAUCUUGCGAGCGGUGAAGCUGUGGCAACGUCGCAUCCAGUGCAAAGGCCUGAUACUGAAGUCGGACAGUUCAGUGGCCCUCGGCAUCGCCAAGAAGCUGAGCAGCCCCUCACCGUCGCUGAACUACAUCGCUGCGGAGCUGGCGUGCCUGCUGGACACCAUCGAUGCGAGGAGAGGUGGGGUCUUAAUGCUCGGUAGCCAUGACGGCCCCAGCAAUCCGGUCGGUCGACGUCCCCUUGGAGGGGACCCCGCUGCUGUGGCACGUCGUCCGCUGCACGCUUUUGGUAUGGGGGGUAACCCUCAUCUUGGCCUUCGCAGCGGGCUGGAGAUCGUCAACAUGGUGGCACGGGUCGCGGCGCAGCCAGCCGGAGGAGGUAGAGGGCGACGAGUCAGAUCAGAACAGGAGGAGACAAUGGCACAGCAGCGAAGACAGAGAGAGGAGACAUCGUUCGAGAGUGAGGUCGGAGUCCCUGCAUCGGCAGCCAGAGUUGGAUCGACAACCCCACAGGCCUUUACAUGCACUAUGGGGAGGUCCAGGCACAACUUCAUCACCACCGAGGCCUCGCUCAGCGUCCGCGGAUGCAGUAGCUGGGUCCCCAAUUCGAUCAGGGGGAAUGACAACGUCAGAGGAGGCAACGCCCGAGGCGGCAGUGGCAAGGAGAUCCAGGAGCCCAACGACCGCGCAAAGCCGUCCAGAGUGGAUGAACGCAGUGACGGAAGAGGACACUUGGUCUCUGUCCAGCCCAGGCGGAACGAGGGAGAAAUUCUUGAGGAUGAGGAGACCGGGAGGCGUGUUGGACCAGAUGCUCGAGCACGCGAGUCCAAGGCGGCCAUGACCAUAGAGGACGCGGUGGCGAGAGCUCAAUCGAAGAGUUGGGUCAAAGCGACGGCGAACCGAUUCGUGAUAAAGUUCCAUGCGACGUCAACUUGGCUGAGUAAAAGGUCGAAGCGACGCAAGAUCGGACAGCUGUUGAACGUGAUCGGACUGGAGGGCCCACCGGCGAACAUCGAUGAGGUGAAACAGGAGAAGAAGAGAAAGAGAUCUGAACAGCCUCACGAGGUACAGCCCGAACCGGAGAAUAUCGCGAACCACAUCAUGCCCCUAGAACCGCCCAUUGACAAGUCCCAGCUCUUUGCAGUUUUUACCUCAGCAAAAGGCAAGGUCAGGCACACAGUGGCCAACGCGGGGUGGGGUAUUCCGCUGGACAAGUGGAAGACGACCUGCGGCUGGCCAUUUGCCCGGUACCACGUGAGAGUGGUGCUCACCAAGUACAAGACGGGCAAAGCAAAGGAAUGCAUGAAGCGCAGAGACUUGGAAGCAGGGCGCGACAAAGUCAGAGGAGGUUGGAAGUUGGCGCAAUCCAUUGACCUGUAG